CUGAGUCACGUGCCGAUAAAAUCUCCUUUUUUUAAAUGAUUAUUCAGUGUGUUCUAAAUCGAGAUUUAAGCAGAACCAAACUACAUAGAUAAAGUCUAUAUUUUCAUUUCUUUGGUACUGAUAAGUCAUAGACAGGUUGCAUAUCAUAUACAUUUAUAGAACAUUGAAAAUAAACUAUGGGAUCUCCAAAGCCACCACCACCUCAUCUUAAUCCCGUGAGAUUAAAGACAGCCAUUAAAAUGGCGAUAAGUAAACUGAAGUUCUUACAAGAAAAGAAAGCAGCAUUAACCAAACAACAAAGACGACAAUUGGCUGAUUUAUUAAAUCAAGGAAAGGAAUCAAGUGCUACUAUUCGAGUGGAAAACAUUAUCCGUGAUGAUAUUUAUAUUGAAUUAUUGGAAUUUAUAGAAUUAUAUUGUGAGUUAUUAUUAGCUCGUAUUUCAAUCAUUUUAGAUCCAGCUAGAACCACUUGUGAUUCAGGAUUAAUCGAAGCAGUUCAAUCUGUAAUCUAUGCAGCUCCACAGACAGAAUUAAAAGAAUUGACUUCAAUCCGAGACAUUUUAAUUCAUAAAUAUGGUAUUGAAUUUGGGAAAAUUGCCAUUGAAAAUUCAGAAAAUCAUGUCCCUGAAAAGAUAGUGAAAAGAUGUCAAAUAGAUCCACCAUCACAAGAACUCGUUAACUUAUACUUAUGUGAAAUAGCUAAGGCAUAUGAAGCUCCAUACUCAGGAUUGAAAGAAUACUUCGGUGAAGUAGAUUUUGAUGAAAAAGUAGAUCCAAAUGAUGAAAAAGCAAAUGAUGAAAACAAUGAUAAUGAUGACGAUGACGAUAGUCCAAGUGGUGGUCAGAAAGUAUUGGCUGAUCCAAUUGCUGAAACAACUGAUGAAGCUCCAGCAGCUACUGCCAAACCAGUAUCAAAGGCUAAAGCUCAACAAGAUGAAUUUGAUUCAUUAAGAGCUCGUUUUGCCGCUUUAAAAAGUGGUAAAUAACUUUAUGUUCAUGUUUCUCUAUAGGGUAAUAGCAUCUUCUAUUAACUAGAUACUUUAAUUCUUCUAUAUUUGUAUACUUUUAUCAAUAUCUAUUGCAUUUAAAUUUGAAAUGGUUGUCUUAAGUAUUGAUGC